GCGACCAUGAACCUCGCCAAUCGAGUUGCCAUCGUCACGGGCGCCGGCAACGGACUCGGCAAGGCGUACGCGCUCCAACUGAGCAAGCUCGGCGCCAAAGUCGUUGUCAACGACACGGGUGGCAACCGCCACGGUGUCGGUGUCGCCCAUAGCGCUGCGGACGCGGUCGUCGAUGAGAUUCGCUCGCUGCACGGCAAGGACGCAGCGGUUGCCAGCUAUAGCUCGGUCGAGGACGGCGGCAGCAUCGUGCAGACAGCCCUGGACACCUAUGGUCAACUCGAUAUUCUUGUCAACAAUGCAGGCAUCUUGCGCGACGUGACGCUCAAGAACAUGACGGACGAGGAUUGGCACUCGGUGCUCAACGUGCAUCUCAACGGCACGAUGAGCGUCACAAAGGCAGCUUGGCCGAUUCUGCGGGCGCAACAGUACGGGCGCAUCAUCAACGUCUCGUCGGCGUCGGGCCUGUACGGCAACGUCGGCCAGGCCAACUAUGGCGCGGCCAAGAUGGGCAUUGCAGGUCUCAGCUUCACCGCUGCCAAAGAAGGUCGCCGCAACAACAUCAAGGUCAACGUCAUUGCGCCCUUGGCCAUGUCCCGCAUGACGGAGACGAUUCCGUCGUCGCCGUCCGUGCUCGCGCGCCUCCAGACACAGUACGUCGCGCCCCUCGUGGGCUACCUCGCCCAUGAAGACUGCGCGGUGAGCGGGCACGUGUACGAAGUCGGCGCCGGCUGGGUCUCGCGCGUGCGCUGGCAGCGCUCACGCGGCGUCGUCUUCCCCAAGGACGGCAUGACCAUCGACGCCAUCGCCGCCAACCUCGACGCGAUCGAGGCGUUCGAGGACGACCAAGUCACGUAUCCGACGAGUCUCAUGGACUCGAUCCAUGCGUGCGAAGAUGCGCUCGCCACCGACAAGAGCACGUAAAGAAUGAGGAGCGAUGAAUAUUACAACCGCCCUUAUAUCGUC